AUGGACUGUAAUGGAGAACGAGGGCUUGGGGGUUUGUGUAUCUCUGAAAGUUCAUUUCGUUGUCCUGGUUCCACAGAACAUCGCAACGUUCAUCUGAAUGUGGAAUCAAACGUGAACCCUCCCAUAAGGGGCGUCGAGGUGUCUCUACAGAAAGUGCUGACUGAAGCCUCGGAGACUUGCACGCAGGAGUGCCUCGUCCUCGGUCACUCUGACAACUGUUGGAUGCCCCCAUCGCUGACUCAGUGCCAGCAGCCAAACCCUCCCCUGUCAUCCAUCGGAUUUCAACAGAGCUGGGCAAGAGGCGGCAGGUCAGAAGGGCGGCACACCCUAGGGAGGAGCAGCAGCAAGGACGACCUCGAUAAAAGCCAAGGUAGUGGCAGGCAACAGCUGUACAAUGGCUCGGAGAGACAGUCCAACGCCGAGGAUCCUGUGAAGGUCAUUCCCCUGGCAAACUUUACACCGGCCCAACAAGGGUCCGUGUCUGGCAGCAACUCUACCUACGUUCAUGAGCACCAACUUUAGAAAACACCUCAAGCAACCUUCGGCAAGCACUGAAGCCAAAAUGUACAUAGCCACUGCUUUCAGUCCACGUGGAGCCAACAUGCCAGAUUAGGAGAGCUGGUUUGCGGUACAGAACAUCUGCAAACAACUGUAUGCUUUAGUAAGGUAGGCCUUCUGUGUGAGUACAAUUUGAAUCUGCGAAUCAACAGCUUCUUCUGCCAUUUCAUUACAAGCAACAACAAAAAAUGGUGGAAAUAUUUUCAUGGGUUGUUAAAUUGCACCAAAGUCAAUGGCAAGCUGGAAGGAACUAUCCUUCUGGGGCUCAUAAUGUCAGACAAACCUGGACAUCCAGCAUGUAAACAAACUGAUUGAAAGCAAUAUUUUUACUUUCAAUGAUCUUCUCAAAGCAGUUUUACCUGCCUAAAUGUACAAUUGCAAUUCUUUGAUGUGUUAUAAUUAAAGGAUCCCACUCGGCGGUACAGCGAUGAUUUGCAUGAAUCAUCUGUUUUGAAGAAAAACACGAUGAUGUACACAAGGCCUAUACCAUGGAACUCUAUAAACUCUGUCAGUUCUACUCUGGUCAGGGAUGAGAAUACAUUCAUUCAGCAUGUGAUCUGGUGAUAUCAUGUUUUUUUCCUAUCACUGGGUGAUGUAUCUGCUCAAAACAUGAGCACAGCUUUGUAUUAAAUAGCACUCCAUUCAGGAACUCAUCUCAGUAAGAAGGUCCAGCAGGUUUGCGGAACAACCUUUCUUGGCCUUAGAGCCACAAUAUCUGGUGUUCAACCCUUGAACAAUCAAAUAUAAAAUUCUUUGCAAUGUAGGUCUUUUUAAUGUCAAAAGGAUUGAAUGCCAUUAUGUGUGCAACUCACAUAGAAUAUAUGUAGAAUAGUUUGAAGCUGAUGUAUCAGAAA